ACCACUAGGCGAGCAGAUUUUGUCAGAUUGAACGAUACGAGGUGUGAUAGGUAAGUGGUAGAUUUCACGGUUCACGCGACCUCGCAUCUAUAUAUUUGUCUUUAUACCACAUAAUCUGGCCUCAACAUCAAGAUGUACACCUCAGCCCUAACGUCCCUCCUCCUCCUCCUCUCAUCCUCAACAUCGGCACUCAGCGUCCUCCCCCGCACAUCCUCCUGUCCCAAAGUCUGGUCAGAAGUCCUCCCGGAGCUACAAACCGCCUUUGCAGGCUGCGGCCGUGAUGCACAUGGCGCGAUCCGCGCCCCAUUCCACGACUGCAUCAAUAACGGCUGCGACGGCAGCCUCAUUCUGACCGAUGAAUGCAGCCGCGCCGAGAACGCCGGGCUCUCAGACAUCUGCGGCAAACUGCUCUCCUGGACGCAAAAAUACAACACCAGCGCAGCAGACAUGAUCCAAUUCGCAGCGGCAACCGCCAUAUCUGCAUGUCCGCUUGGGCCUCGCGUCAAAGCACUGGUCGGCCGUAAGGAUAGUAGUGAAGCAGCACCACUGAACAGCAUGCCUGGGAGCCGAGACUCGAUUUCGUCGAUCCUGAAGAAGUUUGCGGCGAAGGGGUUUAGUGGUGAUGAUGUUGUCGCGCUGAUGGGGACGCACUCUGUGGCUGUUCAAGUCAACGAUGAUCCCGCACAGGCGGGGAAGAGCCUGGAUUCGACACCCAGCGUGUACGAUUUGAAGUUCUACCAGGAGACGCUGGAUGGGACGGCGCCGUAUAGUUUGCAGAGCGACAAGGGCUUGGCGAAUAACGCUGAGACAAAGAAGAAGUGGAAGGAGUUCUCAGAUGGUGAUACGAGUGCUUGGAACAGUGCGUUCACCGAUGCAUGGAACCGAUUCGCGGUCAUUGGUAAUGAUGUGGGCAGCUUGCAAGACUGUUCGAGUAUCAUUCCUUCUGGUGCUUCGGAGAGGAGGCUAGCGAGGAGAUUGGGUGGAUCGGCGGCGGCCAGAGCUUUUGCAAGGCUGACGUAUGAUUCUUGAGUUGUUGUCGAGUUUUACGGCAUUGGAGCGUUCGAUGUGAAAAGAAGUCAUUUGCAGACUG